GAUAUAUUUUAACAAACGUAAUAUCCUCUCUCAUUCGUCGAAUCCUUUUCACAAACCACAAAAUAGUUGUGUUGUCUUUAUCACAAUUAUUGGGUUAACAACUCGCAAGUUUUUUUGGCCAUCAUUAUCAGACACUGAAAUGCCACUGUUUUAUCAGAAUAGUGAAUCAGAUAAUGAGGAGGAUGAACAAUCGUU